AUGAGCCAACCGGCUGCAGCCGGCAAGGAUGACAUUCCGGCCGCUCGGAGUGAGGCAACGGAAGAAGCACCGGUCAAUCCUCGCAAGAGGAAGAAGAGUUCCAGAGCCUAUUGUGAGAAGCACAACAAAUCAUGCCUGUACCUGAGGCCUCAGAAGAAGCGAGGGCCUGCACAGGGCUACCGGAGUGCACUGCACACUAUGAGGGAGAGUGCCGCCGCCUGGGGCGCCGCUCUCAACAUGAUCCCGAGCCUGGGCCCCGUGAUCGAGGGCUAUCUCAAGCAGUCCGAAGAGGGCAGGCGCCUGAGCAAGGCGAUCAAGGACCCGCAGCAACAAGAGUUCUUCAUCCAGGCGUGGCAGCAGAGCUCCGUCUUCAAGGCCUUCUUCGGCGAUGAGUCUGGUUCCGAAGCUACCCCGGUGCCAGACGGCGAAUCCGCUCCGGCACUACCUCCUGCACCCGCCUCCAUAGCCUCAGUCGGAAGCCCGACGGUACGGGCAGAGCCGAUACCCCAGAGGCACAUACCGACCCCAUCCCCGUCGUAUGAUGGUGGUCGGCCCGUACCCAAACCCAGCGCCCCUACGCCCGGAGCAGCGUCACUGUCGCUUUCAGAUAUUGUGGCCAAGGACGCAGCAAUAGCAUCAAAUAACUUUACCCAGACUCUCGGGUCCCUUGGCUUUGCGCCAGACGAGACGCUGGACGACUUCCUGGCCAUGACGAAUCAGGAACUGAUGGAUGAGAGCCAUAAUCACGCGGAACCCUCCCUCGGCAGUGAGAUGGAUCAAAAGGCUUAUUAUGAACUAUUGAUGGGCAAGCAGUUCAUAGCUCGGUCGACUGGGCGCCUGGUGUAUCGGGCGUGGGCGUGGGCAUCGGUGUCUCGCCUCCGCAGAAAUGCGCAGGACACCAUUGAUAGGCCUGAGCCGAACCGCGUCUAUCACAGCAUAACCAAACGACAUGGCAUGUCGUCGUCCAUCAUGGCUUUGCUUGAGUGCUCCGGCGCCGAGACCAUCAUGGCAGGCAGCGUAGCGAGCAGCCUCGCAAACAUCACGAAUAAGAACUCCGAGGAGUCCGCACGGCAUCGAGAAUACGUUCCCGUCCCUUGCGGCGCAGUCCUGUCGGAGUAUCGCCUCGCCAGAAGGUGGACACCGCACAGACGGCCGAGAACGUUGCGAGAGUGGAUGUACAACAAGACCAGAAAGCUGUCAGGGCAGAGCGACGAAACAGAGAGUCGUCCCAUGGCGGAUCCAUCAAGGCAGGGCCCUUCAGAGAAGGACCGGCUGAGGACUCAUUAUGAGCGAGCCGAGCAGACAGACUCCCCUUCGCCGGGAGAUCCCUCCUUCUCCAGCGGCCUUAUCGCCGUAGAAGGUGCCGACACGGGCACAUCGGCUUCGUCCUCACACCACGCGCAGCCGCCUCUCCCGCCGCCCUACUCGGGCCCCUCGAGCGGCUCCCAGGUCCAAUUGGAAGCGCAGCAGGCAGAGCAGCCGAGGGGUCCGCAAAAGUACCCGGGCCUGCCCCGGCUGGACUACAGGCUCUACUCGCCGCCGCUCUUCGCCCUGUCGACCGACGGCACCACCAUCAAGUCCUCGGCCCCGUACCUGUCCGGCACCGUCGCCGCCCUGGUGUCGCUCGUCCGGGCGCAGUCGACGGUGCCGCCCAAGCCGCAGAUCCACAUCACCGGCACCCGCAGCGGCAGGGUCGACUUCGCCGUCAAGCUCAACCUCAUGAGCCUGCUGGUGCCCGAGGACGGCCGGCAGCGCAUGGACUACAUCCGCUGCGUCGGCGCGGGGGAGAAGGCCCUGCGGGGCGGGAUCAAGCCCGACGUCAAGCCCGACGUGGGCGAGGGCGGCCUCGAGGCCUGGUGCCGCCGCUUCAUCGAGGACCCGGCGUCGGUCAAGACCUUCUGCCUCGAGCGGCAGGUCGCCAACAUGGACACCAGCUGGAUCGAGGGCCAGGUGCGCAGCCUCGUCGCGUCGACGGGGUACAAGGGCGUCGUCGCCGUCCAGUUCCCCGUGACGCACGCCCGGGUCGUCGUGCAGAACCCGGACAAGGUCAACAAGCUGUUCACCAACGUCACCGCCUUCUUCUCCGGGCGCAACACGUACGAGGUCGUCAAGGCCGUCUGGCCGUUCGCCACGCAUCCGCUAGGCACGCCGGGCCGCAGGUGCGUCGUGCAGAGCGAGGAGACGUGGUGGAAAGAGUGGAAGGACCCCCUCAAGUAUGCCAUCUCGGCGCAAAGAAAGGGCUGGGUGACCAACGAGGACAAGCUGGAGGCUAUCAUGGAGGGCAAAGGGAAAGGAGUGUCGGUUAUUGACUGGGGAGACUACUAG